CGUGGCCACCACCGCUUCACCACCUGCAGCCGGGCUCGGGACUGCAGCGGCCGCGUGCACCCUGCGGACCCGACACUCAAGGAAACUGCUCGGCGAGGCUCGGCGGUGGCACCACGCACCCGCAGUGCUGCGAUUUGCUCUCCCGGAGCGCCGCCGCGAGCUUUGACCGCUACCGCGGUGGGCGGGAAAACCUGCGCUCCAGAGGGCCGCUGGAAAUGCCUUCCCCAACAAGCUCUUCCCGCACCCCUACUGUAAGCGGGAAGGAAUUUAGUGUGCGAGGCAUGCAGGGGUCGCCCCAAUUUUAACACUGGGCGCCCUCCACUCCUCCGGAUCGGCCGAGUAAAAAGAUUCCCGCAGGAAACUGUCUGCCUCUACGACUGCGGCUUCUUGGGUGACCUGGGGCUUCGCCUGAAGUUGGCUUUGGCGAAAGACAUUCGGGUGGGUAGGGCGGAAAAGAGACCCUCUAUCCCUUCGCGCUGUGCUCUAGGAGUCCGUGGGCAAAGCGGCCUACUAGUUCUGGCUCUGCACCUGCCGAGGACAAGAGCCAGUGCUUAAAAAAGAACAGCGGAGGAACCGACAGGCGCGGCCAGCUGGAGCGCUGGAUAGUGGAGCCGAGGGAGGGCCCCGAGCGCCCGCCGCCCGCGCCAGCCCGCAGGGGUCCUCUCCCACGCUGGUCGCCGCGUGCGGCUGCGUUCAAGACCUGGGGCGUCCUGGCCAGAUCUGGGUGCUUGGUCCCAGACGCCACCACCACUUCAGCCCGGGUUCCGGGGGCGUGGCUUGGCGCGGAGGCGGGUUUAAGUCGCCGCUGGUGUCUGACCGCUCUGACAGGUCUCCAAAUUCCUCCCAGUCUCUCGGUCCCUCUGCGCGCUUCAGAGCGCUGGGUGGCACGCCGAGCCUCCCUGGGUCCGGAGGCAUUUCAUCGACUCCCACGCGGCCUGGGGCCUGUCUUCUCGCCCAAACCUUAAGCCCGCGGCACCCGCCAAGCUUCGGUUCUCAGCCUCAGGAAUCCGCACCACUGGCUUCUCUUCUUACUCAGAGCUAUUGGCUUUGGAGCCCUCCCCACUUUUUCUUUUCCCGUUUUCCCACUCCUCCUAGCUCCAGGCCAAAUGGACUCCAAAGAGCGUAGUGAAGGGAUGGGAACUGUGUGCUGACCUCUCAGAAGCACAUCUGGAAGCGCUGACCUCAUCUUAUAGCCGAGGCUGGGACCCUGGGCCAGAGCCCCUCCGUCUUCCUCACCGAGGGAUGAUUCUGGCCAGAGCCAGUGCUGCACUGUCGCUCCUCGCUCUGGAAGUGGUGACAGCUAAGAACCAGCCCAGGAGGGAGCUCCAGCACACCUCUUCCUCCAAAUUAACUAUUUGGUGACUCGUUAGCGCAGGGGCUACCACCUCUCCAACCUUUCCGCGAGGUCGCCUCAUGGUCCCCCACUCCUCCUCCUUAAUUGCUCCCGCCCCCAGCUCCGCCCCGGCUCCCCAUCCCGGUGCAAUGGAGUUCUCCGAAGGGCGAUGAUUCCAGCUACAGCUGCUAACUUCGUACCCCAUCGUCGCCGCCGGUUACCCCCGGCCAGCCCCCCUGCACUCGCCCAGCCGUGGGCGUCGGGAAACCAGUGCCGCAGACAGGACCCGCCCGACGCGCAGCAGAAGCACCGCGCCCAGGCGCCUGGGUGCCCAUUGGAGAGCAAAGGCUGCGCCAAGACGCUGAGCCUAGAAGGAGCCUAGGCGCCUGAACCCGCGAAGGGGGCUGCGUGCCUCAGAGAGUCGCAGCUUCUGCGGACAAAUAACCACCACCACGGCUGCAUUCCCAAGCUGCACGAGUUGGCGGGAGGGUGGCUCUCAAGGACGCAGGGGUCUGCUGCGAUCUUCCAGGAGCACCUUCCCCCGGGCGCACUAUGACCUGACCUGCGGGGCCCCCUUUCCAGGGUUCCUGCAACCGGGCAGCCUAGGAUAGAGAAGAUCGCUGCCUAACUCCUAAUAGGACGUGUUCGGGUCUUUAGGACCCCCCUCCCUCAACUGCCUCCCCCAGGUUCUGCGCCUCCUCCCUGCGGCCUGGCGCCAUGGAGCUCUCGGAUGUGCGCUGCCUUAGCGGCAGCGAAGAACUCUACACCAUCCACCCGACGCCCCCGGCCGGCGACGGCGGGAGCGGUUCCCGGCCGCAGCGGCUGCUGUGGCAGACGGCGGUGCGGCACAUCACCGAGCAGCGCUUCAUCCUCGGGCACCGGGGCGGUAGCGGCAGCGGCGGGAGCGGUGGUUCCCGCAAAGCCUCCAAUCCUGCGGGCAGCGGUCCCAAUCAUCACUCGCAGCAGCUGUCCAGUGACUCCGCGCUGCCCCUGUAUUCACUGGGGCCAGGGGAGCGAGCGCACAGCACCGGCGGCACCAAAGUCUUCCCGGAACGCAGCGGGAGCGGCAGUGGCAGCGGCAGCGGAGGCGGGGGUGACCUAGGCUUCCUACACCUUGACUGUGCCCCAAGCAAUUCGGAUUUCUUUCUCAGUGGGGGCUACAGCUACCGAGGGGUCAUUUUUCCCACACUGCGCAACUCCUUCAAGUCUCGGGAUCUGGAGCGCCUCUACCAGCGCUAUUUCCUGGGCCAGAGGCGCAAAUCCGAGGUGGUGAUGAACGUUCUGGAUGUGCUUACCAAACUCACCCUCUUGGUCCUCCACUUGAGCCUAGCCUCGGCCCCCAUGGACCCACUCAAGGGCAUCCUCCUUGGUUUCUUCACCGGAAUCGAGGUGGUGAUCUGCGCCCUGGUGGUGGUCAGGAAGGAUACCACCUCGCACACAUACCUACAGUACAGUGGAGUGGUCACCUGGGUGGCCAUGACCACCCAGAUUCUGGCGGCUGGCCUGGGCUAUGGGCUCCUGGGCGACGGUAUAGGUUAUGUGCUCUUCACGCUCUUCGCCACCUACAGCAUGCUGCCGCUGCCGCUCACCUGGGCCAUCCUGGCUGGCCUGUGUACCUCGCUGCUGCAGGUGAUCCUCCAAGUGGUCAUCCCCCGGCUGGCGGUCAUUUCCAUCAACCAGGUUGUGGCCCAGGCAGUGCUGUUCAUGUGUAUGAACACAGCUGGGAUCUUCAUCAGUUACCUGUCAGACCGGGCCCAGCGCCAAGCCUUCCUGGAGACACGGAGGUGUGUGGAGGCCAGGCUGCGCCUGGAGACAGAGAACCAAAGACAGGAGCGGCUCGUGCUGUCUGUGCUCCCCCGGUUUGUCGUCCUGGAAAUGAUCAACGACAUGACCAACGUGGAAGACGAGCACCUGCAGCACCAGUUCCACCGCAUCUACAUCCACCGCUACGAGAACGUCAGUAUUCUUUUUGCAGAUGUUAAAGGAUUUACCAACCUCUCUACGACCUUGUCCGCUCAGGAGCUGGUCAGGAUGCUCAACGAGCUCUUUGCCAGAUUUGAUCGACUGGCCCAUGAGCAUCACUGCCUUCGCAUUAAAAUCCUGGGAGAUUGCUACUACUGUGUUUCUGGACUUCCUGAGCCCCGCCAGGACCAUGCCCACUGCUGUGUUGAAAUGGGCCUCAGCAUGAUUAAAACCAUCAGGUAUGUGCGGUCAAGGACAAAGCAUGAUGUUGACAUGCGGAUAGGAAUCCACUCGGGCUCAGUGCUAUGUGGCGUGUUGGGCCUGAGGAAGUGGCAGUUUGAUGUCUGGUCUUGGGACGUGGACAUUGCAAACAAGCUCGAAUCUGGAGGAAUCCCUGGGAGGAUUCACAUCUCCAAAGCCACACUGGACUGCCUCAACGGUGACUAUAACGUGGAAGAGGGUCAUGGCAAGGAGAGGAACGAAUUCUUGAGGAAGCAUAACAUAGAGACCUAUUUAAUUAAGCAGCCUGAGGAGAGUCUGCUCUCCUUGCCAGAAGACAUUGUCAAGGAGUCAGUAAGCUCCUCAGACAGAAGGAACAGUGCAGCAACCUUCACAGAAGGAUCCUGGAGCCCAGAACUACCCUUCGAUAACAUCGUGGGGAAACAGAACACUCUGGCUGCCCUAACAAGAAAUUCAAUAAAUCUGCUUCCAAACCAUCUUGCACAAGCUUUGCAUGUCCAGUCUGGGCCUGAGGAAAUUAACAAGAGAAUAGAACAUACCAUCGACUUGCGGAGUGGCGAUAAGUUGAGAAGAGAGCAUAUCAAGCCAUUCUCACUGAUGUUUAAAGACUCCAGCCUGGAGCACAAGUAUUCUCAAAUGAGGGAUGAAGUUUUCAAGUCCAACUUGGUGUGUGCAUUUAUCGUUCUUCUAUUUAUCACAGCAAUACAAAGUUUGCUUCCUUCUUCAAGAGUGAUGCCAAUGACCAUCCAGUUCUCCAUUCUGAUUAUGCUACACUCAGCUCUGGUCCUCAUCACCACAGCAGAGGAUUAUAAGUGUUUGCCUCUCGUCCUCCGGAAAACUUGCUGUUGGAUUAACGAGACCUAUUUGGCCCGGAACGUCAUCAUCUUUGCGUCCAUCUUGAUUAAUUUCCUGGGUGCCGUUCUAAAUAUUCUGUGGUGUGAUUUUGCCAAGUCGAUACCCUUGAAGAACCUGACUUUCAAUUCCUCAGCUGUGUUUACAGAUAUCUGCUCCUACCCAGAGUACUUCGUCUUCACGGGCGUGUUGGCCAUGGUGACCUGUGCAGUUUUCCUCCGACUGAACUCCGUCCUGAAGCUGGCUGUGCUGCUGAUUAUGAUUGCCAUCUAUGCCCUGCUGACCGAGACCAUCUAUGCAGGUCUCUUUCUGCGUUAUGACAACCUGAACCACAGUGGAGAAGAUUUCCUGGGAACCAAGGAGGCCUCACUGCUGCUAAUGGCCAUGUUCCUUCUUGCUGUGUUCUACCACGGACAGCAGCUGGAGUACACAGCCCGCCUGGACUUCCUCUGGCGUGUGCAGGCCAAAGAGGAGAUCAAUGAGAUGAAGGAGCUGAGGGAACACAAUGAGAACAUGCUUCGCAAUAUCUUACCCAGUCACGUGGCUCGCCAUUUCCUGGAGAAAGACCGUGACAAUGAGGAGCUGUACUCUCAGUCUUACGAUGCUGUUGGAGUGAUGUUUGCCUCCAUCCCCGGAUUCGCAGACUUUUACUCUCAGACCGAAAUGAAUAACCAGGGAGUGGAAUGCCUGCGCUUGCUGAACGAAAUCAUUGCUGACUUCGACGAGCUGCUUGGUGAAGACCGGUUUCAAGACAUCGAAAAGAUCAAGACCAUUGGCAGCACCUACAUGGCUGUGUCAGGCCUGUCACCAGAAAAACAGCACUGUGAAGACAAGUGGGGCCACCUGUGUGCCCUGGCCGACUUCUCCCUUGCCCUGACGGAAAGCAUACAGGAAAUCAACAAGCACUCAUUCAACAAUUUUGAACUCCGGAUCGGCAUCAGCCAUGGCUCAGUGGUAGCUGGAGUGAUUGGGGCUAAGAAACCACAGUAUGACAUUUGGGGCAAAACCGUGAACCUGGCGAGCCGAAUGGACAGCACGGGGGUUAGCGGUCGGAUCCAAGUCCCAGAGGAGACUUAUCUCAUCCUGAAGGACCAGGGCUUUGCCUUUGACUACCGAGGGGAGAUCUACGUGAAGGGCAUCAGCGAGCAGGAAGGGAAAAUCAAAACGUACUUUCUCCUGGGAAGAGUCCAACCCAACCCAUUCAUCUUGCCCCCGAGAAGGCUGCCCGGGCAGUACUCCCUGGCCGCAGUCGUCCUGGGGCUGGUCCAGUCCCUCAACAGGCAGAGGCAGAAGCAGCUACUCAACGAGAACAACAACACAGGGAUCAUCAAGGGCCAUUACAACCGGCGGACUUUGUUGACACCCAGCGGGCCAGAGCCGGGAGCCCAAGCUGAAGGCACCGACAAAUCUGAUUUGCCAUGAA